GUCUCGUUCGUAGUGUGCGCACCCAUCGGCCCCCUUUGUUCCUUCUUGACUUGGACACCCUGAGACAAAGAGGGAUCCAAGACGACGUCCAUUGUGACCAGGACGGUUGGUCGGUUGGUGCUGAACAAAUGCGUCCGUCUGUGGCUGAGCCACAAAAGCUUGAUGUUCCAGAUCAUUCGAGGGGCAAAAUGGGGCACAAGGGUUAGGGCUCAGUAUGCCGUGAUCUCUCCAUGGGGCAAAAGACUGGGCAGCCAAACAGGGAUUGGAGGCCGCUAAUUUGUCGUCAAACCAUCCUGCUGUGGAAGAUACCUGCCAGCAAAGGUAGGAUAAGGUUAGAAGUGCAUAUCGCGGUAAACAUGACGGUGAAAAAUGGUAUGGGGACGCAGAGGCACACUGGCAAUACGGAAUCUCUAUGUGCAGGCGGGCGACCACCGAACGUAAAUGCCUGGGACCGAACACGACCGUUGAGAAGUGUCACGUGCAGAUCUCUAGGGAGCGAGUUCUUGGCGCGACCUGAAAGUGAUGCUGCGCAUCAAACGAUAUUCCCCGGUCAGCUGUUCGUCACUUGUGGACGGGAGUCACUAGAGUUCUGGAUCGUGUUCAUUUAUGAAGUGCAUUGCGUGGGAUUGUUGGAACCUCGGACACCCAAAAAAUCAUCGCGAAAUCCGGUUUGCGGGAGUUCCCGCCGCGGAGAUGCCAGGCUUGGCCGAAAUACCGUAUUAAACGGCUGAGUCAGCCGAUUUUUGUUACCAAUUGUGAGCUGAUCGGUCGUGACUGCCAGGUC